AUGGAAGUCUCUUGCUCUAUAGAUUCUCGAAUGGAUGCGAGAUUCUUGCAGGAACAACUAUCGCAGCAUCUCCGGUCACCGAUCACUUCCAUCCAUCCAUCUACGACGAUCCGAGCACCUUUGAUGGCUUUUCGGUUAUAUAACUCCGAGAGAGUGCGAUUACACCAUGUACAGUCGGGGUUGGAUGCUCCUGAUGAAAUCAAGUAUCGAUUGACAAGCACUGAUGCGGGAUGGCUUGAUUACGGUGGCGGUCGCCAUGCAUGCAUUGGAGAUAACAUACAGAGAUGGAAAGGGUUCGACCAGAGACCUAUUGUUUGUGCCCCCUCCCGCUCUGGAAAAGUUCUAUUCACGAUCUUUAGAAUGUUCGUUGAAAAUGCUCAGCUAGCCCACAUGUACAGCAGGCCUGUACCUCAUGUGGCCUGCAUUCCUGCUCAGAACGAUCGCUAUUCAAAAGCGGCUGGAAUCCACUAA